AUGGUCCCUGCACUCCCUCUCGAGAUCUGGGAGCAGAUCAUCACGCACGAAGAAUACUCAAAUGCGACUCUCGCGCGCCUUUGCCUCGUCAACCGCCAGAUUGGCAUGCUUGCUCGGGCAGCGCUGUACCUCGACGUCGUGGUCAAGUAUCCACGCGAUUUCUUCUACAGUGACAAUCCGACUAGCGCUCAGCAACUCGUCGAUGCGCUUCUGAACGGUUGUGGGACAGACUUUUUCCCAUCCCCCGCUCUUCUCGUCCGCAACCUAUGCACGAGCUGGAAAGAUCCUCUCCCUCGGGACGAAUACGUCCGUCCGUACGAACUGCCGCAGGCAAACCUGGUGGAUCAGCUUGUCAGGGGCUGUGAAAACGUCCGCCGUCUGGAGCUGUGGUAUUGUUCACCGUCUCUUCUCCGCUGCCUUUGCGCCAUGAGACACCUGCAUCUCCACCACCUUCAAGUGCACUGGACGAGUGAGGCGUGGCUUCUCCUGCAGCAGCAACCUUCCCUCAAAUCCCUUGUCAUCGAGCCCGACAGUUCGCAACCCAGCUGGGAUAAACUAGACAAGAUCGGGCCGCUCCCUUUGCGUCUCGAAACCCUCCAGCUUGCGGGAUAUAGGAUGGACGUAACUAGGUCGCAAUUCCGUCUUCUCACCGAAGCUUCGACAUCCACCUUGCGUUUCCUCCGCCUCGCACUUCCGACUUCUGACGAUCCAGGCGUUUCCGACUUCCUCUGGUCGUUUUCCCAUCUCGUCGGACUCACGCAUCUUUGGCUCGAUUGUGAGGAUUGGAUGCUCACAAAGGCGAGGAAGAUGGACACGACUUCGGCGAGGAUCUCUCGCCUGACAUUGAGCAUGUACGAGGAACAGUACUACUACGAAAUCGAGGAGGUGAUCUGGAGCGUGCUCAACCACCUCGACGAGUUGACGCUUCCGCCUCGCCUCGAACGUCUCGAUCUCUCCCCACUCCACGUGUGGUUGCCGCUCAUCCAAGGCAGAAUGAGCUUGUCGGCAUACCCUACACUGCGGAGCCUUGGCUUCGCCAUGCGGCUAAAGCGAGGCAUCGUCUGGCAGCAAAAAAUGCUGGCGCACUCCUUCCUUGAUUGGUGUGACGAGCACGGCUACAUUUCAGUCGACUUCGACGAUUCCUACAACUACAUCAUCUACGCACAGGAGCUCUGA